AUGAAUGCAGAUCGUGACAAUAAAGACGAUGAUUUACAAAUACAGGAUUUUUCCAAAGGACUUUAUGAUUUAAAAUUGCCAAAAAAAUCGACUUUAUUUCCCAGAUUUAAACCUAUUCCAAAAGAAAAAAAAUAAACUAGAUGGGAAAAAUUCGCUGAAGAAAAAGGAAUUAUUAAACGAAAAAGAGGGCGAAUGGUUUAUGAUAAGAUAACAUAAGAUUAUGUACCUAGAUGGGGAGCUAAUUCAAUAAAGAAAAUAGAAGAAAAAAAUAAUCCAAUUAUCGAAGUAAAAAAAAUGAAGAUCCUUAUGAAGAUCCUUUCGUUAGAAAAAAUUAGAAAAAAAAUUCUAUAAGAAAGGUAAAAAUUAAAUGAAAUUAAAAAUAAAAUGGAAGCCAAAGGACAUAAUCUGCGUGAAUUAACUAAGGGAAAACAAAAACUUAAAUAAGAUAAAAAACUCGUAGCUAAAAAAUUAUAGGUCGCUUAAAAUUCUACUAGAUCUAUGGGAACUUAUGAUUAAAAAGCUCAUAAAGAUGAAGUCUAAACUAAAACUAAAAAAAGAAGAAUUAAUCCAGAGUUUACUAAUUUUAAAGAAGAAAAAAAAAGAAAUAUGGAUAUUUUAGAUUUCAUAUAAAAAGGAGAUAUUGUUAAAAAAUUAAAAAAAAAUUGA